AUGGAAAAGCUGAAUUUUAUUAAAAAUGGGGUGAGCAGAUUGCCUCCUGGAUUUCGUUUCCAGCCAACAGAUGGAGAGCUUGUCUUUCAGUACUUGAAAUGUAAGAUCUUCUCAUUCCCCUUGCCUGCCUCUAUCAUUCCUGAGAUCAAUGUCUGCAACUACGAUCCUUGGGAUUUGCCAGGAAAUUGUGACCAGCAAGAGAGGUACUUUUUCAGCUCCAAGGAAGCAAAGUAUCGAAAUGGCAAUCGCAUGAACCGAACAACAAACUGUGGCUAUUGGAAAGCAACAGGAAAAGACAAAAAAAUAUCAUCUUCAACGUGUAAUGGUAUUGUGGGGAUAAGAAAAACAUUGGUUUUUUAUGAAGGGAAAUCGCCAAAUGGGUCUAGAACUCAUUGGGUCUUGCACGAAUAUCGCCUAGUCAGUGUAGAAACUAGUGCUUGCAACUCAAACCAGAACCACGUAAACGAGAUAGGAGAUUGGGUUCUAUGUCGCGUAUUCAUGAAGAAAAGAAGUAUAGAAAGUGAUGGCAGCACCACUCACAUGCAUAGGCAAAAUACAGUUCGGGCUCCUCCAAGAAUGUUUGAUUUUAUGAUGGUAAGCAAGACCGAUUCUUCUACAUCUUCCUCAUGUUCAAGUUCCAGUAACAUCAGAGAGGUCUCUUCAAAUGCAUCAGACCAUGAAGAAACAAGUGGUUAUGCUGAUUUAUAAGAGCAGUAUAUAAUGAUCACUUGUUUGCAAAUUAGUCUUAUGUUCUAUAUCCAUUAGAGAAAAUAGAUCAUAUGCCAGAGGAUACGCAAAGUGAUUUGCUCCACGCACCAGAAAGAACGGUCAUUAUAAUGAAU